CAGGGUUCACUUCUGUGUGCAUGAGAGGAUGGGAAGCUGAGCCCAGAAAAGCACACCACGAAACUCCAGGAAGAACAGAAACACGAGCUGAGCCCCAGACAUGCAGUUCCUACUCUGUAUAUGCUGUGGAAUAUUGAACAGAAAAAGAGGUUUGCCCACAAAAUACCAAGCAGGAUAAUGAAGGACAAUCUAUUACUUCUGAGGAAGCGUUAAGCAGAGUUCCCGUUCCUCUGAGGCAGCUGAAGAUGAAAAGGACCAGCGUACAGUCACAGUCAAUCCCUCUCACAUGAGAAAGGCUUUCAAGGUCAUGAAUGAAUUACGGAGCAAGCGGCUCCUCUGUGAUGUGGUGAUUGUGGCCGAAACCGUGGAGAUGGAAGCUCACCGGGUGGUGCUUGCAGCCUGCAGCCCUUAUUUUUGUGCCAUGUUUACAGGAGACAUGUCUGAGAGUAAGGCCAAGAAGAUUGAGAUCAAAGACGUUGAUGGGCAGACCCUGAGGAAGCUGAUUGAUUACAUCUACACYGCUGAGAUCGAGGUCACCGAAGAGAACGUGCAGGUUUUGUUGCCAGCUGCUAGCUUAUUGCAGUUGAUGGAUGUGAGGAAGAACUGCUGUGACUUCCUUCAGUCACAGCUGCACCCCACCAACUGCCUGGGCAUCCGCGCCUUCGCCGACGUGCACGCCUGCACCGAGCUGCUGCAGCAGGCCAACGCCUAUGCAGAGCAGCACUUCCCUGAGGUGAUGCUAGGAGAAGAAUUUCUUAGCCUUAGUCUGGACCAGGUUUGCAGUUUAAUAUCAAGUGACAAGCUCACAGUCUCCUCUGAAGAAAAGGUCUUUGAAGCAGUUAUCUCUUGGAUAAAUUAUGAGAAGGAAUCCCGCCUGGAGCACAUGGCUAAGCUGAUGGAGCACGUUCGCCUGCCCCUUCUGCCCAGAGAUUACCUGGUACAGACAGUCGAAGAAGAAGCUUUAAUCAAGAAUAACAACACCUGUAAAGACUUCCUUAUCGAGGCCAUGAAAUACCAUUUGCUUCCUCUGGAUCAAAGGCAACUGAUAAAGAAUCCCAGGACUAAGCCAAGGACUCCCGUUAGCUUGCCAAAGGUGAUGAUUGUGGUGGGUGGCCAAGCACCCAAAGCCAUUCGCAGCGUGGAGUGCUAUGAUUUUGAGGAGGAGCGCUGGGAUCAGGUUGCUGAGCUUCCCUCACGGAGAUGCAGAGCAGGUGUGGUGUUCAUGGCCGGCAAUGUUUACGCCGUGGGGGGCUUUAACGGGUCKCUGCGGGUGCGGACGGUGGACGUGUACGACGGCGUCAAGGACCAGUGGACGUCCAUCGCCAGCAUGCAGGAGAGGCGCAGCACGCUGGGCGCCGCCGUGCUCAACGACCUCCUCUACGCCGUGGGAGGCUUCGAUGGCAGCACUGGUCUGGCAUCAGUUGAGGCCUAUAGCUAUAAAACCAAUGAGUGGUUUUUUGUGGCUCCCAUGAACACAAGAAGAAGCAGUGUUGGAGUUGGAGUUGUGGAGGGGAAGCUCUAUGCCGUGGGUGGCUAUGACGGCGCGUCACGGCAGUGCCUGAGCACGGUGGAGCAGUACAACCCCGCCACCAACGAGUGGACCUACGUGGCCGACAUGAGCACGCGGCGCAGCGGGGCAGGUGUUGGUGUGCUCAGUGGGCUGCUCUACGCCACCGGUGGCCACGACGGGCCCUUGGUGAGGAAGAGUGUGGAAGUCUAUGACCCGGGGACAAACACCUGGAAACAAGUGGCAGACAUGAAUAUGUGUAGAAGGAAUGCAGGGGUGUGUGCUGUGAAUGGGCUCCUCUACGUGGUGGGAGGUGAUGAUGGCUCCUGCAAUUUGGCCUCGGUGGAAUACUACAACCCCAGCACAGACAAGUGGACGUUGUUGCCAACCAGCAUGAGCACAGGGAGGAGUUAUGCAGGUGUGGCCGUGAUUCACAAACCCUUGUGACACACGAUCAAGCCAGUGUGAGGAGCAGAAGUGUGAAGUGGAUCCAGCUAGGUGGUGUUGGGAAGAUGACUGACCUCUGACUUGACCCAUCUCAUUGCUGUUCAUGUCUUAGCAUGACAAGUGACGCGYUGCGAGCAUCGUCYGCUCCGCAGUGGAUUGCGUGGCCAMGUGAAAGUCCCUCUGGGGAUGUUCCAUGCUAGACACGAGGUGUUGCUUGUUGUCUGUGGUGCAAUCAGCUGUUCUUCUCGAUGGCAUGUGUCCUGAGAUAAACACCGUGCUCGGACUGCAGGCACGGAAUUUCUUGUGUGAAACAAAACUUGCUACGUUCGGGCAUGUGAGUAACGACGAACGCUUCUGGAUUUCUUCCCCACUGAUGCUCCGUGCACAUUGUUGGUUGAACUCCUUACUCACUGUGCCUGGAGGGUGGACUUUUAUACUGGCAGUGGAAACUUCUGAGUCCCAAYGGUGAAAAACAGCAGAAAUGGACUGGAACAGGGUGGUCUGGCUCGACGCUGUCUCAGUCAUACGUUUGUAAAUGCCACUGGACUGCUGUGUGUACCCCUGAAAUGCUUGUGGAAAUAAACACCGUGUGGUUUUUCUACUUGCCAUGAAUGCUGUGUGCUGUGCGUGACGGGACCUGCUGGGCAGUGCCUUCCCCGGGGCUGAACUCAGCACUGAGCCACACAAAACUCCACAGCCCCACCAAACACAUGCUGCUCCCACGGGGCUUAUUGCUCCUGUGAAACAAAUGUUGCUUGAAUAGAAAAUGUUCCCAACCCACACGUUUCAGCUGUGCUGAAAGCUUCCGUUCUAGCUCUGUCCAGCAUCUCAAUGCCAUUUCAUAAUAGAGCUUUUAGAUGUUCCAAAAUACCUUAUGGUGCCAUUAAUGUACAGACAUUCCAUACAGCGAGAACCCUCUGUCACCCAAGCAGGGAUUAAUGAGCCAAGUAAAAUACCUGCAGUGUUUUAAUGCUUCCAGAGCAUGGAGAUUAACUGAUCACUGUCACUGUAAUUGCUAUUUUAGUCUUGCUCUUACUAAAAGCAUUCCUUUGUUAGUAUGAAGAACUCAUAAGAUUAUUCAAAACAGACAAAUCUAGAUCCAGCUGUAAGGGACCUGUCUUGCUUGUAUACCAAAUUCCUAAAGUUUUCUGUUUAAGAUGUUUGACUUUAAAAUACCUUUUUAUGUCUCCCUGUGAGCUCUGACAUGCUUCUGCAUACAGAGGUGUGCUCCCUGAAGCUCCCCAGCUAAAGGGAACUAGCAAAGAAAAAUAUUUUCUCUACUCUUUUUUUUCUUGUUUAUUUUCUWGUUUUUUCCCUGCAGAUCAGCUGAGGCCUUUCGUUGAGGGCAGCUGGCCAGUGUUGUUGUGGUUUCUGUCUCCACAGAUCUGCUCUGGGUGACCUUCGACWGCAGAAAAGAAAAAUACUUAAAAAUUUAUUUCUGAGGGAUCUAAGCUACAUCGUCUUGUGCAGCUUUUGUAGAGGAGUGGGUUUCUUCUGUGAAAAUGUACUCAUUGGUUUUUGAGUUGAGAGAGUCCUUGUAAGGUGGGUGCCUGUUCACUGUGGGGGAAGCAGCCCCUUCCUGUGUUGUGUCACCCCCCUGCAAGGGGCUGCCCUUCAUGGGGACUGUGACACAGCUCCCACUCCUCUUUGGAUGUUCUUCAUUUCACAAACAAGGGCAAACUCUCUAAAGAAAAGGCAUUACUAUCCUUUAUGUCUACCCUUCCAUUGUAGGUCAGCUCGGAGKUCUUGAAAAUAGCAAUUAAAACAAGAAAUAUCCUUUUCCCUGAUGCCCUUAAAACCUUUUAUAUUUUACAAUCUGCAGCGAAACUUGCCAAAAUUACAGUGUGACAUGCUGCUCUCCUCUGGUGUAAAAKCCAUCGAGGCUGGUAGGGAUGUACCCUAGCAGGGAUGUAUCCUGGUAGGGAUGUUUCCCUGCCUAGAGAUCUUCAGCUGCCUUCAGAUCAGUCCUGAGAUGCACCUUGAUGGUGGCCUUAGGAAGGUGAUGAGGCCUCAGCUGGAAUGGACUCAAAUUCUCUGGCCCAAAAAGUGGUUCCCUUCCAUGCAGCCUGGGAGUAAAGGAUUGAAUGGGACAGACAAAGUGUUGUGGUCUGAGGUCGCAUCUCUUGUCAGGCUGAGGUGACUGGACAAGCGUUUGGGCACACUUGGCCCUUGUUAGGUCUGGUAUGGACAAAAAGCUGAAUAAACUACUGUAUAAGCUACUGUACAGCCCAGCUGCAGUUCAACAGUUGGCAACACCUCCCAGCCAACAUUCUCACACCUCUGGCUUCACUGGAGCAAAGCAAAUAUUAUCCAGAGAUAUGAGUUUAUGUGGGCUGGAGAUAACCUUUGGAAGGUACUGCUAGAGAGGUGCAAGGUUGCAGUUUGCUGUGUUUGUUAGUUGUGGCAAAGGCUAUACCUGGGGAUAGAAUAAUUUUAUCCCCUGCUUUCCAUCUGUUCUUAAGCCUGCCUUGCUYAUAAGGCAAACAGGUUUUGGUGGUUUUCUGCUCUGGUAAAAUGGCAUUUCUGCCCAGUGCUGGCCCAGACCCGUGGCUUGCUGGACAGGGCUAGGACUCAGCCCUUGCCAGGGAUGAGUGAUGCUGUUCCCAGCUCUCCUCGAUGGCAAAUGCCACAUUUCUUUCCUUCCUUCCUUCCUUUUUUCCUUCCUUCCCCAACGUUGCAGUGUUAUGCAAGUCAAGUGACCUCGUUUUCCAGCUAUGCAAUACCAACAACCGAUACAUGUGAUGAACCAGCUGUACCCCCCACCCCCAAAAAUGCUUUUGGAAUUUGUCCUUGGCGUGUGAUUUUGUGUUUGUAUUGUUCAUUCUGAGCACCUGAGCCAGAUCCUUUACAGAUUGCCUUUUUCUAGGACUGAAAACGUAGCAUUAGCACUAACAAAUUUUAAUGUAAAUAUUUUUAUAAGAUAAUUUUAAAUAACUUUUGGAUUGCUUUUUAUGGUCGUCAAUGACAUUUCUGUUAAAUUCUGGAUCUAAUUCAGUGCACUCCAGUGUGGUUUUUGCUGGCUGUGGUGUAGGUGUGACUCUGUGUUCUCUGCAGAAGAAAUGCCAUGUUGUGAGGAAGAUCUGGGAUAGCUCUUGUGUUGGUUCUGAUGUUGGAAGGACAGCCUUGGGCUCCACAUUAUGAGAUAAAUUCAAACCACUCAGUCACCAGUAGGCUCUUAGAUUUUUACUUAUUUUACAGUGGUUUCAAUACCCUGAUUUAAUUUUCUUGUGCCGUGGGUUUGUUUCCUGGGCAGUUUGGGGAACAAGCUGUCACUUGGUGGUUCUGUUUCUUGGCUCCUGCAUGAGCUGCUUGCAGACAGAGAUACUCUGCCCACAACAGUCUGGACACACCCCCCCAGGCUGCCAAAACCACAGAGAUGAUUGCAGGAGUUUUAGUUAAAGCUUUACAGACAGAACUCGGGUCUCUUCCUUGGUCGUUUGUGAAUAUGAACACUUUCCUCAGCUCCUUCUGUUGCCAUCUCUUUUUGGGGUCUCCCUGUGGGGUUCUGGCUGUGGGUUUCCCAAAGGGGGUUU